UCAGCUGUUGGCUCCACUUGGCUACAAACAUCACGUGUCUCAGCUCUCAGUGAAAGGAGGAAAGUGUGGGAGGGAGUUUGUCUUUGUGGUGGAUUUCGACUCGGAGAUCAUGGCGUCGGGAUUUGUAAAGACCCCAGACGGUCAAACAAUAGCUGCCCUUGCUUUGAGCUGUGCUGCAAUAUGUGAUAGUAAGGAUAACAUCCGUUUGCUAGUUGCUGGUGGAAUGCCUGUAAACGCACGAGCCAAGACUGGGUGGACUGCACUGCAUGUCGCGGCGAUCGUCGGGCGCCCUGCAGCGGUGAAAUGUCUGCUGGAGUGUGGUGCAAAUGUCAAUGCGAGGAGUGACAAGCAGGAGACACCCCUACACUUUGCCGCAUUGUAUGGCAGAGUAAAGGAAGUAGAGCUGCUGAUUGCUGCCAAAGCGGACCUGGAAGUAGCUGACGAGAUGGGGGACACACCCCUGCAGUUGGCUGCGGCAUGGAACCAUGAGCGUGUGGUGAGUGUGCUUCUGAAGGCUGGUGCGAAAAUGAGAGACAGGGGCUUCCAGGAAAGGGCUCAUACGUGCGUUAUGGAGGAUGUGAGCAACCUUCUCCUACAUCUUAAAUUGGAUGUAGGAGAAGAACAGUGAGGUACAUGCACACAGCUCACGGAUACGUGUGAACAAUGGCAUUCAGGUAUUGUGGACAGAGAUGAGAAGAUGUUAAAGAGCUGAAUUUUUUUUCUGAACUGUGUCGUAAUAAGUGACUGGCAUCUGCCGCUGAUGUUCAUCUCAAUGUCAUUAAUAAUAAAUGUCAUUAAAUGUACUCCAUGCAUGUUGUGACUUUUAACUUCGUUUCUUGACCUCUGAGAAGGUGAUAAAAACUAUGGGACCAGAGUACUUAACUACAGCUUUGAUAUUAGACAAUGUAAAGUGAAAGUUAUUUUGGUUUCUUUUGGUGUGGUCGCAUCACAAUCUACAAUUAACUAUUUAUAAAUAGUUAGAAAUGACAAAGUGCAUGCUUAAGAAUUCAAAGGUUUCUUGAAAACAGUUGAAAAUAUUAUUGAAUUUAGUUUUGUCCUAUUUUAAUUACAAAAUAAAUAUUGACUAUGGCAA